UAUAAGCCAGCCACUAUUUCCACUCUACCUGUUUUAUCUAUUGCGAGAACACCUAACCUUGCCUUCGCCAUCAUGACCUCCAGAACUGUGGCUGUGUUGUUAGUUGGAUUGUUUGCUGCUUCGGCCAAUGCUGCUUCUCUCAACGGAACGGUCAGUAGCUGGGGUGAACUGGCAGAAAGUAUAGCACACCAAGUAAAUGACGCCUAUAACAAUUUUACGGAUUCCAUACAAGAGAAUUAUGGAGACUCAGACAGUGAGGAACCUCUGUACUCGGCAACCAUCUCUGUCCCCCACGUGGUUAACGGACAGUGCCAGAAGACUGUGACUGUGGAAGGGAACGGAGUGAAUGACGAGAUCGAAGUUCCUUGCUACAUGGAGUCCAGCAUCAUCACAACCAACAACCAGCUGACAGUCGGCAACAUGAUCUUCAGCAACACAGCCAACACUCUGGUGGUGGUACGGGACAACCGCUGUGUGCUCAAGACAUACAAGGACGGGAAGGUGGCCGGCUCCACUCCUCUCAGCAGACAAGACUGCGCCAUGGUGAAGAAGGUCAUGAGGGAGGUCAGGCAGAACGAUGACGCCAAGAACUGGGGCAAGUGGGCUGAUGGUGUCGCCGCUGUCGCUUCUAUAUUCAACCGCAUCGAGAAUCCUUAUAACAGAUUCCAGAAUCCACUACCACUUUGGAAAACCGGAAAACACUAAUAGAGAGCUAAAGCCUUUAUAAAUCUCAAUCAGAAAUAAAUUGCUACAAGGAA